CUCUGUGUCUGUCUUUGUCUCUCCAAAGCAAUUGUUUCUGAGCACCGGCAAACUUCUCCCUUUAUCUCUCUCUCUCUCUCAGAUCACUGCUUAACCUAACAGAUCCUCUUAGGUAUACAUGGACAUCAUAAAGGAGUUGCUACAAAAGAUUUGAGAUCUCUAGCUUGACUAUCACACAGGCCUAUGCUGUGUGUGGUAUUAGAAAACAUGGGCUUGUUGUGCAGCAGAAACAAAGGCUACAAUCAAGCCGAUGAUGAGGAAAAUACUCAGACUGCAGAUAUAGAAAGACGUAUUGAGCAAGAAACAAAGGCGGACAAGCAUAUUCAGAAACUUCUUCUACUUGGUGCCGGAGAUUCGGGGAAGUCCACUAUUUUUAAGCAGAUAAAACUGUUGUUCCAAACUGGCUUUGAUGAAGCAGAGCUAAAGAACUAUAUCCCUGUCAUUCAUGCCAAUGUCUAUCAGACAAUAAAAGUAUUACAUGAUGGGUCGAAGGAAUUAGCUCAAAGUGAAUUAGAAGCCUCAAAGUAUCUUCUAUCAGCUGAAAAUAAGGAUAUCGGCGAGAAGCUUUCAGAAAUUGGAGGCAGGUUGGAUUAUCCUCACCUGACUAAGGAUCUGGUGCAGGAUAUUGAAGCUCUUUGGAAAGAUCCUGCUAUUCAAGAAACUAUUUUACGUGGUAAUGAGCUCCAAGUUCCAGAUUGUGCCCAUUAUUUCAUGGAAAACUUGCAGAGAUUUUCUGAUAUAAAUUAUGUCCCAUCAAAGGAGGAUGUUCUUUUUGCCCGAAUUCGAACAACUGGUGUCGUUGAAAUACAGUUCAGCCCAGUUGGAGAGAACAAAAAAAGUGGAGAAGUAUAUAGGCUUUUUGAUGUUGGAGGUCAGAGAAAUGAGAGAAGAAAGUGGAUUCAUCUAUUUGAAGGUGUCACGGCAGUCAUAUUUUGUGCCGCUAUUAGUGAGUAUGAUCAAACUCUAUUUGAGGAUGAAAGAAAGAACCGAAUGAUGGAGACCAAGGAACUCUUUGAGUGGGUCUUAAAGCAACCAUGUUUUGAGAAAACUUCCUUCAUGCUAUUUCUCAACAAAUUUGAUAUAUUUGAGCAGAAGGCUCUGAAAGUGCCUCUGAACGUCUGUGAGUGGUUUAAAGAUUACCAACCAGUUUCAACAGGAAAACAAGAGAUUGAGCAUGCUUAUGAGUUUGUAAAGAAAAAAUUUGAGGAGUCAUAUUUCCAAUGCACUGCACCAGAUCGUGUGGACCGGGUCUUUAAGAUAUACAGAACCACAGCCCUUGAUCAGAAGCUUGUCAAGAAGACUUUCAAACUGGUAGACGAGACGCUGAGAAGGAGAAACCUCUUUGAAGCAGGUUUAUUAUGAAAUUCUUUAAAUUUUGGAAACAGAAAUGUUCAUACUCUGAAAGAUGCAUACAAGUGUGAGGUUCAAACACAGAAGAAUAGGCUACUGGCGUAUCAUAUCCAAUUCCACUAUUUAAAGUUUUGUCAAUGUUAGGUCUCUAAGCACAUAUUUCUUUCUAUAUUCCUGGUGGUCUUAUGUUGUAUUUACCGAGCACAUGUUCCAAAACAAAAAAUUGAUAUUCAAGUAUAUUCGAUCGAUGUUCAUUUCGUUGAAAUCUUGUGGUCAAUCUCACAUCUCGAGUUGUACAUGCAUCGUUAGUCUCCUUUUGCUAUCUCGUGAUUUAUUUACUUUAUUGUAUA